AAACGAAACUUGAAAAUGCAUAUAAAAACUUUUUAUUUAAUUCGUUUUGCUAGAAAGCAAUUGCUUACAUGCAUGAAAAAUGGAGGAUCGAUAUAAAGGUGCCUGUUUUUUGUUAUAAAUAAAUAAAAAGAAAUUAAAUAAAAACCUAAAAUGUCUGGAGACAGUGAGAAUUCGUCAUUUGAAUUACAGCCAAAUAAUCGAGACUGGUAUUUUAUUGGUACAGCAGGAAGUAAUUUGAAUGAGUUUGAAUUAAAAAAUGCUACUCGCAAUCAAAAUGUCCAUAUACGCAACAAGUCCAGUAUCAAUAGAAUCACUGUGAACAACAAAAUUAACAGAAUUAUUCUUGGUAAGAGAAAUGUGAUAAAGUAAACAUAAUUAUUCGUAGUGUUCAAUCUGCGAUUGAAGUCAUUAAUUGUAAGAAUUGCCAAAUACAGGUACUUGGCCUGGCCAACAGCAUUUCAAUAGACAACUCCGAGUCCAUUCAAUUGUACGCUAGCUUCGAAUCUCGCUUCAUUGAAAUUACAACGUGUCUUGUAAGUAAUAUUGUUGCCCACUACCAACCGUACGAAGAUAAGCCCGAUGAAUGGAUCGAAAUGCCUAUUCCAACGCAGUUCGUUCAUUGUAUGGCGCCCUCGCUAAAUAAGCUAGAUACUAAAGUGUCUAAUGUUUUCUUUUAAACAUGUUCUGCUAAGCGCCUUUUUUUAUAAUAUAAAUGAUAAAGUGUCAUGUUGAAAUGCAUUUCGAAAAUAUUUGUUUUGAUUACACUUGACAAAAAGUAAUCUGUUAGUAAUUAAACAUUGUCAUAAAACAAAAACGGUAUAACUGGCUUUUAGAAAUUGAAAAGAAAAAUACAAGCACCGAGGCUCGAACUCGGGACCUUCUGCGUGUUAAGCAGACGUCAUAACCACUAGACCAUGCCUGCGUUUACAUCAAGUUGGUAUAAGCUUCACGAAAACAACAAAAUACAAUUAGUUUUGUUUUGAGUUUUAUUUGGAAAUCUUUAAUAAUUUUUUUUUUUGUUCUUAAUCGCGGUGAAUUCUCAGUAAAACACAUCUGGCCAAGUGAAUCUGAAUUGUGUCAUUCCACAGCUUACAUAAUUUUUUUCGUUGACAAAGAAAAAACCAUUACAAUCUAUGAUUUUGUAUUUCUUAAAAUUGCGUUAUUAAAUCGCUUGGAGUUUUUCUUGUUAAAGCUAAAUUGUGUAAUGAUAACUCGAUCGCAAAAACGAAAUUUACCAGUUCUUGUGAAAACAGAAAAAAGAGAUACUGAAGAAAAGCAAUGUGAUUAUUUAAAGGAAUUAAAAAGAAACAAAUCUUCGGAUGAACAGAAAAACACAGCAGUACUACCAGCAAAGAAAAAAUUGAUUAUUUCGUCUUCGGAUAUUGAAGACGCAGCCAAUGCGUGUUCUCCAUUACCACCCGAUUUUGACUUUGUUUAUCAAGGUAUAUUGGAUAUGCGAGCCGCGUAUGAUGCUCCCGUUGAUAUAAUGGGUUGUGACAAACUAGCGGAUUUAUCAUGCGAACCAAAAAUUCAGAGAUUCCAUCACCUUGUGGCUGUAUUCUUGUCAAGUCAAACGACCGACAAGGCUACUGCAAGUUGCAUGAACCGUUUGAAACAAAUUGGUCUCACUGUCGAAUCCAUUUUACAAUGGGACGAAGAUGCUUUAGAAAACAUUUUAAGAGGGGUUUCGUUUCAUAAAAUUAAAGCAAAAAAUUUAAAAAAAAUUGCACACAUACUCAAUAAUAGUUAUGACGGCGACGUACCUCAAACGUAUGUAGAAUUGUGUAAACUGCCUGGAAUUGGACCUAAAAUGGCGUUAAUUGCUCUUCAUUCUGCCUGGAAUCGGGUGGAAGGCAUUGCUGUCGAUGUUCACGUUCACCGUAUAUCAAAUAGGUUUCAAGAAUUUAUAAACAUUUACAGCCGUCAUUUUAUUCAUAUCUUUUCUCUGUCUCAUUUUGUAAACAUACUUAGGCUUGGCUGGAUUCAAACGAAAACACCUGAACAAUCAUGCCUUGCUUUGACUCGAAUGAUUCCUAGACACUUGUACGCGCAAUUCAAUACAGUUCUUGUCGGAUUUGGACAACAACGUUGUAAAGCGUUGAAUCCUUUGUGCAAUUCUUGUUUAGUACAAAGCAAGUGUCCGUAUGCCCAAAAGUUUUUGAAAGAAAAACCAUUUCUGGAGAAAGUAAAACGUUUGAAGUCAUUAAAAAAAUUACAACUGUCGAGUUUAAGCGAUAAAGAAACAUGAC